AUGUCUGCCCUGGUCGGCUACCUCGUCAACUUCCUCGUGGGCUACGUCGCCGUCACCCUCUUCUUCUACAUGGCGUCCCUCGCCGUCCCCAAGGCCGGCUUCGUGGCCCGCGCCCUCGCCGCCUACAUCUCGCUCCUCAUCUGCGCCGUCUUCGGCGUCCUCGCCUCCGUCUUCUUCACCCUCAUCGGCAAGCAGGGCAUCUCGCAAUGGGCAACCGCCCGCGCCUUCCACUACGUCAUGCGCCUGACCACGGGCAUCGUCUUCCAGGUCGAGGACCCGGACAAGAUCCUCGCCACCACCCGGCCCGCCGUCUUCAUCGGCAACCACCAGACCGAGCUCGACGUCCUCAUGCUCGGCGCCAUGUUCCCCAAGUGGUGCAGCGUCACCGCCAAGUCGGACCUCAAGCACGUCCCCUUCCUCGGCUGGUUCAUGCGCCUCAGCGGCUCCAUCUUCAUCGACCGCAAGAACUCCAAGGACGCCCGGGAGGCCAUGGCCGGCGCCGCCAAGGAGAUCCAGUCCCGGCAGCAGAGCGUCUACAUGUUCCCCGAGGGCACGCGCAGCUACGCCAAGGACCCCGUGCUGCUGCCCUUCAAAAAGGGCGCCUUCCACCUCGCCGUGCAGGCCGGCGUGCCCAUUGUGCCCGUCGUCGUCGCAAACUACAGCCACGUCCUCCACAUCAAGAGCAUGGUGUUCCGCGCCGGAACCGUCCCCAUCAAAGUUUUGAAUCCGAUCCCCACCAAGGGCCUCACCUCCGCCGAUGUCGACGAACUCACCCGCACCACGCGCGAGCUCAUGCUCACCGAGCUCUUGGCCCUGACUGCAAAGGCCCAAGGCCGGCCCGUUGCCGUCCCUGCCUCCGUCGAGAAUUCGUCGGCCGCGAGCUCCGCCGUGCACGUCAACUCCAAGUAA